GAGUCCCAGCCGCCUCCUGUUCUCGCUUCAGCUCUUCGCCUGUGAGGAUCUCUAGCAGGGCACUCAUUUCUCGUUGGGGUGCCUCAUUGAGCCCAUUCUUUCCAGGCCUUGCUGUGUAGGCCAGACUUUCUGCAAACAGGACUCUGGUUGGCGAAUUGGAUUUAGCUGGGAAGAAAAUUGAUCAAUGGUUAGAGCACAGGGCAGGAAGCUGGGCAGACCUGUCCUUCGUUCUGCCACUGACUUUCCCUAUGAUCUUGGACGCGGCCAUUGCCCGUGCUGGGCAAAAGGAGAGGAGGGGCCGGGGCCGGAGGGCGUCUCUCCCACCAGCCGCUGGGCGCAGACAACAUGUGAUGCCCGAGGAGCGCUGGGAUGCUAUGGAAUGUGGCCAGCUGCCUUCAGACGCCCUCCGACAGGUGAAGAUCCAGCGUGACCCCAGCUACGGAUUUGGCUUUGUGGCUGGCAGCGAGAGGCCGGUUGUGGUUCGCUCUGUGACAGCAGGUGGGCCCUCUGAAGAUAAGCUCUUGGCAGGAGACCAGGUUUUGGCCAUAAAUGAUGAAGAUGUGAGUGACGCCCCAAGAGAGAGAUUCAUAGAACUUGUGAGAGGUGCCAAGGAGUCUAUUGUCCUCACUGUCCUGCAGGCCCAUCCGUCCCCCAAGUCGGCCUUCAUCAGCGCAGCCAAAAAGGCAAAGCUCCGGUCCAAUCCCGUGAAGGUCCGCUUUUCUGAACAGGUCACCAUUGGCGAGACCGAUCCAGACAUGCUGAAGAAGGAAGCUCUUCUCCUCAUUCCAAAUGUGCUGAAAGUUUUCCUGGAGAACGGACAAAUCAAGUCGUUCACAUUUGAUGGCCGAACCACUGUCAAGGAUGUGAUGGUGACGCUGCAGGACCGGCUCUCCCUCCGGCAUAUUGAGCACUUCUCCCUGGUCUUGGAGUACUCCAGCCCCGAACAGAGCCACAAAUUCCUUCUCCUCCAGGACAAGCAGCCCCUGGCACACGUGGUGCAGAGGACCCACUAUCAGGGCAUGAGAUGCCUGUUCCGUGUGAGCUUCUUCCCCAAGGAUCCCGUGGAGCUGCUGCGGAGAGACCCUGCAGCAUUUGAGUACCUGUACAUCCAGAGCCGCAAUGACGUGAUCCGGGAGCGCUUCGGGAUGGAGCCCAAGCCGGAGAUGCUGCUGGGGCUGACCGCGCUCCACAUCUACAUCACCGUCUCGGCCACGCGGCCCAGCCAGAAAGUCUCCCUCAAAAACGUUGAGAAGGAGUGGGGCCUGGAGCCCUUCCUGCCUCCUUCGCUGCUGCAGAGCAUCAAGGACAAGAGCCUGCGGAAGUCUCUCUCCCAGCAGCUCAAGGCUCACCAGAACCAGCCUCCCUGUGGCACCAAGGUCUCUACCACCCAAGCCAAGCUCCAGUACUUGCGCAUCCUGAAUGAGCUGCCGACCUUUGCGGGCGUCCUCUUCAACACCGUGGGGCUGGAUGAGAAGCAGCUGGCCACAACGCUCCUGGUGGGACCCCGCCACGGCAUCAGCCACGUCAUCGACCUGAAGACCAACCUCACCACUGUCUUGUCUGAGUUCAGCAAGGUCAGCAAGAUCCAGCUGUUCAGGGAGAACCAGGGAGUAGCGCGGGUGGAGACCAGCAUCCUGGACGCCAAGACCCUGGUGUUGCUGAUGGAGUGGCCAGAGGCCACGAACUUUGCCUGCCUCAUCGCCGGCUACUGCCGUCUCCUGGUGGACUCCAAGCGGAUGAUCUUCUCCCGGCCGGCCAGCCAGCCCCCUCCGCCUCCAAUGAUCAAGGCAGAUUAUGCCACUGCGCCCCCCGCCGCCCACCGGCCUGCUGCUGCGGCGGGGCACCUGGGAAAGAAAGAGAGCGGGGUCCUGGGUGGCGCUGUCCCCAGCCCCGGGGAGUGCAGCCCUCGAAGCCCCCUGGCCGCGGACUCGGAGCUCGUCAGCUUUUGCUACCUGCACAUGCGAGAGCAGAGGAAAGAGCGCAAGAGCCGGAUGGACAUCAAUGAAAACCUGAUCUUCUUCAAGGAGGCCCGGCCCCGGACCAAGUCGGACCCUACCCCCAAGAGCUCGGGGCAAGACUGCAACAGGGGCCCCCAGGACUACGACCCAGACGGCCUCGACCGGGAGUGCUGGGCCAACCGUGCCCGGGCCAGCACCAUGGACAGCCAUGGAGGCGGGGGACCGAGCAAGGCCCUGCACUCCUACUGCGACUCCUGCAAAGCCAAAGUGAAGGGGCUCCCGGCUCCACGGCGAGGGGGCAACCCGGGCAGCUCCCGCAGCACCAUGGUGGACCUGAUGUCCCUCCCACCUCCAGGCAGCGACGAGGAAGAGGACGAGACGACCUCGCUGCUCCCUGCCAUUGCUGCCCCGCCCCCCGGCUUCCGGGACAACAGCUCCGACGAGGACGACUCCAAGCGCCGGGCGGCAGCCGUGGCCGCAGUGGCACAGGGCCAGGAGCAAGGCCGCCACCUCUGCGGGAUCCUCUACGACGAGAUCCCCGUGACACUCAUCGACAGCGUGCAGACAAGGACAGUCCGGGACCAUGCCCAGGAUCUGGACGAUGCCCUGGUGUCCACCCUGCAGGCCCUGGAAGCUCUGGCUGCCUCCGAGGAUGGCCUGCACCCUCAGACUCAGCAGACAGCAGGCCUGAUUGUUCUGGCGGCCAUCACCCCUGAGUCUUCGCUGGACUCCGGCCACGAAACCAACUCUUCGGAGCUCGCUGACGUCUCGGAGGUGGUCUCGGCGAUGAAGCAGCACCAGAACGCCACCUACUUCCUGGCUCAACACAUCAACCAGGAGAGCCUCCUGGCCAGGAAGGAGCUUCCCUUCCGCAUCCAGGGCUGCACGGCACAGGCCGUUCUCGCUUCGCCUUACACCCUCCGGCACCAGGAGCCGGGCUCGUCCCCAAAGACGGCCCUCGCCAGCCAAAACCCCAGCCUGCCCUGUGGCAGGAGCAAGCAAGACCCGCCCCACGUGGGGAGAAGCUACUCCUUGGCCGUCCAGCCCGUCCUCUCCAAACAGCUCAACGAGCCAAAGAGCAAAGGGGCCCCAACGCCGAGCUCCGAGUGCAAGGGCCCCGGGCCCCACAAAGCAGCCUCCUUGGACAUGCCCUUGCAGGGCCUUCUGGCUGCCCCUGGCCGCCAGCCGCCAGGGCAGAACAAGCCACCUAAGGAGGUCCGGCUGAGCCCCAAGCUCGUCCUGGAGGCCAGAAGCGGGGUGACGCCUGCCCUCAUUUCUGCGGCUCUGCAGCAGGUCACUGGCCACCAGGCCUCGCCCUGCCCAGCCGCCACGGCAGAGCCUCCGGCUGAAGAGAACACUCCCACCAGGAGCCACAGCUGCAGGCGGCAAGUGGGGGGCAAGCCUCUGAAGCACUUGGUGAGCCAGCCUGCCCCUGAGCCUGCCUGCAGGUCUGUCCCGCAGCAGCAGCAGCCAGGGGAGGCUUCUCCACAGCCCCGAGGGUCCCACGGCAGCAGCCAAGCAGGUGCAAGUCUCCCUCGCUCCCCAGCAGGAGAAGACAAGCUGGCCUCCUCCAAAAACGGCCCGCCAAAGGGAAGCCAGGAGCCUGUAGAGAAGCUGGGGGGCGAGGAGCUCGGCCAGAAGGCGGGGAGCCAGGCAGCCAGCCCGGCCUGCCUGAAACAGGUGGUUCUUGCAGGAGAAAAAGGACCUCAUGAUCCUUGUGCUAGGAGCCUCUGUGGCGAGGCGACCGGCCUGAGGUCCCCAGCGGCCAAAGGCGGGAGCGUUUUCAGGAGCCCCGGCAAGGAUCCAAGAGGGCAGGUCCAGCUGGGGCCCAGGGCUGAGGGCCUGGCCGCCAGCUCUGCGCCUUCCCCCAAACCUGAAAAGGUCCUGGAGGCAGCUUUGCAUGAUGCCGACGUCCCGGCUAAGCCCAGAGUGGCCAAGGCCCCAUUCCGGUUAAGGAACCUCUUUUCUGCCACCUUCCCGACACGCCUCAAGAAGGAGACAGACGAGCGGCAGGUCCAGUUGCAGAAGGUGAAGCAAUACGAGUUGGAGUUCUUGGAGGAGCUGCUGAAGCCCAAGGCCCAGGGGGACGCCCCGCCCCCGGAGUACCUGCUCCCUUCCGCGCCGGGGCUCUGCAGCUGCCAGCCCAAGACCAGCCCCGUGCAACAGGUCCCCGGGGUGUCUCGGGAGCAGAGGCGCAGCUGCGAUUGCAAACGUAUCAGCCGAGGAGCCUGGCCCCAGCCCAGCCAGUUACCGGAGCCGGAACCAGAAAGGCGAGGGAGGGAGAAGGCCCAGAAGCAGGCGGAGAUGCUGAGAGGCAGCAGCGUCAAGAGCCCAUUCAAGGGCAGCCGGAUCCGGUCCACGAGCCUGGAGUCCAGAGACCGCCGGACCGAUCCCGAGAACAGCCUCUCGUGCUUGACAACCUGUGCGUCCCGAGGAGAGUGCAUGGGUGCGCCACACUACAAGAAGCUGAUGCGCAGAUACAGCGUCAGUGAGCUGGACAAGACCGACCAGGCACCUCUGACCUCUGAGGUCUACCAGUGCACGUAUCCAGCCAAACCGAAACCCUCGCAGAAGGAAGGUGAAGCUCAGGGGCCUGCACAGGCGUCUGCCUUGAAGAGCAAACCCCAGGAGCCGCCUGCGACAGGGACAGACCCCUCCUACAUGCAGAUUGCGCAGGAAAAGAAGAGCCAGAAGGAGCACACCGUGUUCUCCCUCCAAGAGGAUGUGUACCCCAGCCAUGCCGAGCUGCCGGAGGAGGACAUGGAGGGCGAGAAGUGCUGUUCCAUCCGGUACUGCUUCUACUACCGGAAGUGUGACAUGGCAGACGACGGGAGCGAGAAAGACGAGCUCUCCUACUCCAUCCCCAUGCAGCUCCUCCCGGGAAUGAAACUUGACAGCCAAGUCGUCCCGGUUGUCAGCAGGACGCUCCAGGUGCUGGAUGCCACCACCUGCAGCAGCCCUGAUGACAACCAGACCCAGGAGAUCGACCUGCGGACGUCCACCUUUGAGGGAAGCCUGGCUAAGAUCCACGCCCUGCGAGGCCACACCUACACCCUGCCGGACGGGUUCCUGGCUGCGCAGCUGGACACCAACCAGCUCUUGACCAUCCUGCGGCAGUGUGUCGUGAACCCUGAAGUGCAGGAGGGCAAGCGCUACCUCUCGCAGCUGGCGGAGUACAAGCAGGAGCUGGCCCUCAAGUUCAAGGAGUUCCGCGCCUCCUGCCGGAGGGUGGCCGCGGUGGACAAGAGCCCCACCCGCAUGCUGCUGGCCAUCACCAGCAGCUUCCAGGUGCUGGGCAGCCUGAUCGAGACCUUUGUGCGGCUGGUCUACGUGGUGCGCUCCGAGACGCAGCGCCAGGCGCUGCUGGCCAAAGUCGAGGAGGUGGUGCGGAACUACACCUUCCUGCUCAGGGCGGCCGAGGAGUCGACGGUCAGGACGGUGAGCCAGCGGGACCAGGCGGCCGAGCCCCUGCCCCGGCAGUCGGUGACCACCGUCAUGAGCACCCUCACGCGCUCCUUGAAGACGCUGAUGAACAAGUAAGCCAGCCUCUGCUGGAGCCGCCAGCCUCCUGUCCGCGUGCCGAGAGCCGGCAGUGCCUGAGCUUCUGCAGAGGGCUGUGGGCGGGAGCUCUCUUCUGCCCACAGCCGGGAGAAGAGCUGUGGAACCCAAAGAAGAGACCCGGGAGCCUCGCAAACUUGCCAGCAGCUGCCCUGCAUGCCUGCCAUGCCGUCUGCCCCGUGUGGGGAGACUCCGCUUGCCACGAGGGCCCACUCCCAUCUCCUUGUGGGCCGUCCCUGCAAAGGCAGCGGGCAUCUUUUGCUUCCCUGGGCCUUCCUGAAUGUACACAACGGAGCCAGGGCCACUCGCUUUGGUCCCAGUGGGACCCACCUGGGCCCUGGCCUCUCUCUCGUGCCUCCAAAGUCUAGCGAUGCAGCGUUUAACUCGCAGAAAAAUGUAACCAGAAGCCGGCUGAUCCCUGCUGCCACAACACAGGCAGAUCUCCAGCAGGGACACCUCAAGUGUCUAAGCAGAGGGGAGGAGUCCUGCCUGGCUGGGCUGAUCCACUGAGCCUCCGAGUACCUUGCAGGCCAGAUGUGGAGCCGCCGCUAGGAGACAGUCGCCAUUGCCACCCCCCCCCUUCCCAGAGGCUGCCGCCACAACGCAGGUGCAGCCGCAACUUCCUCUGUACCCCACCUCUAGCUCUGUGCAGCAUGUGACUGUUUGCUGGGCAGGGAGCAGCAGCUACUGGGUCGGACCAGAAUCACAAGAGUACCCAAAGGACCAUCUGGAAGUUGCUGCCGAGGCCCCUCCAUUGGCGGGGAGGGCAGGGGGUGUCUGCACUCUCUUUUCUAUCUCCACUGGACUGUUUGUGAGUUUAGAGAAAUGUUCUUUCGUAGUGGAGGGUUGUUUGAAUAUAUCAUGGGUGCCUCUUUGCUCUUACCUUCCUCCCUUGUCCUCACCCCAGUCCAGCCUCCAGACAGAGCCAAGCAGAGCACCUUAAGGGGGACACCCUUCUCCCCUCCCACCCACAAAGCAGAGCAGAGGGGAGACCUCUCAUGUCCUGUGUCCACCUUGAAGGCACUGUGGAGUCUCACCCACCAUGAGAAUUGGGGGCAGAGCAGUGCCCAGUGGGGCGGGCUCCCGGUCUCUCUCCGAAGUGUCCAUAUGGAAAGGAAUCUCCCUCAUCUGAGGCAGAAGGGUGAUUGACCACUCAGGAAGCGGGCCCUGGGUUCUGGAGAGUGUGCUAUGAGCCAAGGUCCCAACGGACUUCCUCCCCUCUCUCUAUUUUUAAUACGAGGUACCUUUGCAAUAGUUCCUAUUUACUUAAGAGUUCUGGAGAUGCACAUGCUGUGCUUUUAAACACACCCAGUGCAAUAUGCCCUCUGGCCCAUGGCUGUCCCAAACCCUGCCUGUUACCCACAAGGAAGGAGUGCCCUUGUGGGAUGCACAGCAGGUCCAGCAGGCUCGUCAUGUGCCAAGUGGCCCUUUGGCCUCCCCUGGCUCAUAGCCGCCUCCUGUAAGCCUCUCUGCUGAACAGGGAGGAAACUUUUUUAAGAUGUCUGUAUAUGUAUAAAUAUAUGAAAACUAUAUAUAUAUAUAUAAUUAUACAGAUAUAUAUAUAUAUAUAUAAAAAACAUAUAUAUAUACAAAUUUAUGUCUUGUUUUACAAACAAGGGAGAGUAAAUAUAU